GUUAGAUAUUAUUCUUUUCAUUCUGCUGAGAUGGAGACGAUGUAUCACAGGUUCCUGUGCAUACCUUUUCUACUGAUUUUGGGCUUGGCCCAAGGACAAUCUAAAGGUCUACAGACUGUUACUACCUUUCGUACAGGGCUAAAGCCUAUUGAUGUCACAGCCAUUCGUACAGGGCUACAGCCCAUUGCUACCUUUCAUACAGGGCAAAAGCCUAUUGAUGUCACAGCCAUUCGUACAGGGCUACAGCCCAUUGCUACCUUUCAUACAGGGCUACAGCCUGUUGAUGUCACAGCCAUUCGUACAGGGCUACAGCCCAUUGCUACCUUUCAUACAGGGCUACAGCCUGUUGAUGUCACAGCCAUUCGUACAGGGCUACAGCCCAUUGCUACCUUUCAGACAGGAGUACAACGUGUUUCAACCUUUCAUGGAGAGCCUGCCAGUACCUUGCAAGGAAGUGGAAGUACAGUCAUUAAAAAAAUAAUGGUUUCAUCCAUGAACCAACCAGUAUCUAAGAAUGAAGGAAUAGUAGAAGUUCCCCCUCCAUCCGGUGGAACACAUGUGAUAACUGAAGAAAUGAAUUGGCAUGGUGGGAGGAACGGCCAUAAAAUGAAGAAACUAGGCAAAAAGAAACAUCAUAAGAAUAGGCAUGGUGGGAAGAACCACCAUAAAAUGAAGAAAAUAGGCAAACAUCAUGGAGGUGGCAGGAAAUUCGGCAAAAAACACAGACAUCACAAGUAACACAAGAAGCAUGAGUAAGAACAGCUGGAAAAGAAAGAUUUUGCCGCUUCAAGAGGACAAGUCACUCAUUCCACCUCUGCUAUAAAAUUCUCCGCAAUUUAUUUUCAUGUGUAAGAAAAGUUGAAUGUAUAACCUCUAGAAAAAAAUCCUAUAACCGACAGAUGUCCGAAUUGAUUAAAAAUGGUCCAGUAGGACAGCUCCCAUGGACGUCUAUGGGAAGUCGAUAACUUUUACCUGGUGAAUUUUUGUAUUAGCGUUUUUCGUGGGUUUUUAACACAUAAUAAAUCUUUAAUUUUUAGAGUUUGAAAGAAAUAUAGUAAAACCAAAUUUUUAGCGAUUCAUGGAAAAAAUAAACAUUGGAUUGUUAAUGAAUAUGCCUCUAAGUAUAUACGUGCACAGAGCUACUGAAUAAACUGCUGAAUAAACCAA